AUGAUGAUGGAUCCGGAUUUAAGCAAAAUGCAAGACUACUCGAAUUGGGCGUUCGGAUUCUCGAUGCCACCCACAUCUUCAACAAAUCUUCAUCAACAACCAAUGCCAGAUGAUAUGUCCAAUGGACCAGACAGUCCGGACUCCACAGGCAAAGAUGGAAAGAAGAAUGAUGAUAGAGUGAAACGGCCAAUGAACGCUUUCAUGGUAUGGAGCAGAGGACAACGGCGGAAGAUGGCUCAGGAAAACCCAAAAAUGCACAACUCGGAAAUCAGUAAACGUCUUGGAACAGAAUGGAAAAUGCUCAGUGAACAGGAUAAACGGCCAUUCAUUGAUGAAGCAAAACGACUACGCGCGAUUCACAUGAAGGAGCACCCAGACUACAAGUACAGACCGAGAAGGAAGACAAAGUCUAUCAACAAGAAAAACGGAGCGCCUAUCCCAUUUGGAAAUAUUGACACAAAAGCACCAGCUUAUCCAGCCAUUCCAAACAACUGGAACACAACGAACCAAUACAUUGAUCAGUUCCGUUUCGGCCCAUACUACCAGUCAUCAGCUGUAAUGGACCAUUUCACUCUGGCAAAUCCAGUCCACUCAGUGCCUAACGACAACUCAUCACCGUCUCAAUACCAGCCAUCUCCACUCAGCACGAAUUUCACUAGUGGCAGCUACUUGACUCCAAAAUCUGAAAGUUCGCCGGUUGGAAGUGAUUCGACAGUUGGCACUAUCGAUUCCAGUCAGUUCCGUUACUACGACCACACAAAGGACUCAAUGAUGUACCCGUACAGUCUUGAGUUGGCUCAUGCUCAAAACAUUCAAAAUGCUCUUUCUCAGUCUCAUGUCACAUCUUAA